AUGAUUGAAGACAUGUCGUCCAUUGUUUCAAAUGAAUAUAUCGGAUAUUUUCCUAAAUUAUCUCCCAUAGCUCUUCAACAAUUUUCUACUACUAGAGUUAAUAGGGAAUUAAUACCAGUUCUUGCAUUAUUUCUAACUCAUUAUAAAGCAUUUCCAUGUGUAUUCUCGUGUUCAAAGCCCGAAUCAAAUGCUUUAUUUCACGUAUCAUCAAUUUUGAACUAUUUAAAAAAUGAAUAUGGACAUAAUGCAACUAAUGAUAUUAUUGUACAAAAAUAUCACAAUAAAUCAAAACAAUUUUUUGCUAAGAUUCGUCUCUGUAACCUUGAAAAUAGUAUUAUGAUCUAUUUCAAACAUGUAUAUACAAUUUUGGAUGUUCAAAAUCCAAAUAAAUAUUCUCCGGAUUUUUCUGAUGAUUCUUUUCUUGUAUCACAAUCUAUUUCAAUCUAUUAUCUUCCUGAACACGAUAUGAAAGUUCAAAAUAUGGCUAAAGAUUUUUUAAAAUUCUAUGUUUUUGAAUCUAAAUACUUAAAACUUAGCAUGGUUUGUCGUCAACAUUCUGCAUAUUAUUUAAGAGAAAUUCAAAUAAAAAAACCGAUGAUUUACGAUUUAGCAUUACAUUAUGGAAAAAAUUUUGUUAACAUUCAUGAAAAAAUACUUAAGGAAUGCAAUAGAAAAGAUGGCAAAGGCAUUGUUUUACUACAUGGAAUCCCCGGCUGUGGUAAAACUCAUUACAUUCGUUACUUAAUAGAAGAAAUUCAAGAAAAAAAAUUAAUUUAUAUUCCACCAGAUAUGGCUAAAGAUAUUUCAAAGCCAGAAUUUCUUCCAUUUUUGUUACAACAUCCUAAUUCUAUAUUAAUUAUUGAAGAUGCUGAAAAUAUAAUUCGUGAUCGAAAUGAAAUAACAUUAAAUGCAUCACAAGCUGUUGCUAAUUUAUUAAAUUUAUCGGAUGGUUUAUUAGGUGAUGCAAUGCAUAUGCAAAUAAUUGCAACAUUUAAUUGUGAUUUAACAAUUAUUGAUAGAGCUCUAUUACGUAAAGGACGAUUAAUUGCUGAUUAUGAAUUUGGUAAAUUGAAUGUUGAUAAUGCAAAAUUAUUGUCGAAUAAAUUAGGUUUUGCCAUGGAACAUAUUUCUGAACCAAUGACUUUAGCAGAAAUUUAUAAUCAAAAUGAAGAAAAUAAUGUUGAAAUCAUAGUUUGA